GGAUGACCCCUCACCCAUCACACAUUUUGUCAUUUGAGACAAAAUAAACCACUCCCUCUCACCUCAACCAUCCAACUCGUCCAGCCCCAUCUUUUUGAGAAGAAGAACUCUCAAAAUACUCUUCCUCCAUAGCUGAACUCGAGCUCAAGGAAGGAGGUCCAAAGAGGAGGGCUUGUAGAAGGAAAAAAGCUAGGAAAAAGUGUGAAAAUUGAGGAACUUGUGAAAGGUAUUUCAAGUGAUUUCACAAAGUUGGAAAAGUCGCCGGAGUUGUCGCCGGAGUUGACCAAAAGUCGCCGGAGUUUCACCGGAGUUCAACCAAGAAGGGUAGAACUUCAUAACGCUAGUUCAAGGUUGAAGCUAGGGCUUGCUACCUGCACCUUUCUACGGGUGACAUCAAGUCAAGGAAGACGUGAAAUGGAGGGCAGGCGAAUGCGGACCAGGAACAAUCCGAGGGGGCAGGCGCCGGUAACAUCCCAAAGGGGAAGCCGGGCUGCAUCUCGGGGUUCAAGAGGAGGCCGUGGAGGCCGUGGAAGCCGUGGAGGUCAUCAAGCUCAAACUGUGAGUGAUGGCCAUGUAAGCUCGGUGUAUGAAACCAACACCGAGGACUAUGACUCUACGUAUGUUCCUGAGACAGAGCAUGAGGAGACCCCAUAUGAUGGAGGUGACACAUACACCGAUGAGGACAAUGAUGAAAGUGAUGCCCGCUUCGCCCAAAUGGGUGAAUUACUUGAGUGGUAUCAAAAGGAGAAACUGAGGAGAGACCUUAGGCGCCAAGCGAGGCGUGGCUCUCGUGGUGGUUCGGGUCAAGGGAGCCGGGGAGCUUCCGUGGCCACCCCAGCGGCGUCACAAGGUGGGCGUGAAGGAGGUUUUGUUGUGAGAAUCUCCAAGUACCUCAAGGAGGCUAGGGCCUUGGGGUGUAGGUCCUUUGACGGCACCGGUGACAUUACCGUUGCCGCCGAUUGGAUUAAGAAGGUGAAGGAUGCAUCAAGAGACAUGCAAAUCACACCGGACGUGAAGUUGACUGUCGCUUCACGGCUACUUGAAGGGAUAGCUUCUACGUGGUGGGAGAGCGUGGAAGGGAAGUACCAUGGGGAAAUAACAUGGGCGGAUUUUGAGCUAGAAUUCUAUGCUCAAUACUACUCCGAGUACGAGGUGAAUGUGAAACGGAGAGAGUACACUAACCUCAAACAAAAAGAUGGCGGCACAGUUAAGCAGCUGGAACAAGAGUUUAGAACCUUGGCUAGGUUCUUGCCAGAGUACGCGGUUGAUGAGAACCGUAUGACGGAGCACUUUUGGGACGCCCUACUCUUGGACAUCCGUGAUCGGGCUACGUACUCGCGCCACAUGACCUUUAGCGAGGUGGUGGAGCAGGGCCUUCUUGGGGAGGCCCAAUGGAACGAGAGGAAAGCAAGGGACGCCGAAGAGGCGAAGAAGAGGAAGUGGAAUAAUUCGGGGCCACCCGAUCAUUCUCGAAGGAACAACCACGGGGGUGGUGGUGGUGGUGGCGGUGGUUCAUUCAAGGCGCCGGCUCCACUGGCAAAGAAGAAUAGGGAUGCGAGGUGGCACGGACCUAGGCCACAGAACUCGGGGCCACCUAGAUGUCCCAAUUGCUCAAAACAACACUUUGGAAAGUGCAAUGAACCACCGAGGUGUUUUAAGUGCGGGAAUGCGGGCCAUAUGAAGGCCAAUUGCCCUCAAUUGAUACAAGAGAGUGCCUCAGGAGCCGGGGGAGGGACCAUGACGGGAAGGAACCGUGCGGGACCGUCAAACGGCGGCACGGGAAGAGGCGGUGCAUCCACAAGCCAUGCCGCAUCCGUCAACCAAGGUGGGACCCAAGCACGAGUCUACGCGAUGACCGAGGCGGAUGCGCGAGCAAACCCGGACUCCGUUGCAGGUAAUACACGUAUUCCCAUGUAUUUCUAGGCUUAGUUUGAUCAUAUACACCGUUGGGGGUUGAGUUCGGGCCACCCCGGGACCAAACGGAGCGAAAUUGGGCGAAAUUGGGCGAAUUCGGGCUGAUUUCUGCCAACGCACUACAGGCUGGGCUGCACGCACGGCCGUGCGUUGCCCGUGCGUACCUCCGUGCGUUGGUGGCAGUAGCACCCCGGAGGAAAAUCGCUGCACGCCCGGCCGUGCGUUGCCCGUGCGUACCUCCGUGCGUUGGUGGCAAUAGCACCCCGGAGAAAAUCGCUGCACGCCCGGCCGUGCGUUGCCCGUGCGUCCCUUCGUGCGUUGGGGGCAGUAGCCUCCAUUGGUAAGGCAAGGUACGCACGACCGUGCGUACCCCCUACGCACGCCGUGCGUGGACCCCUGGCACCCGAAACUUGAUUUUUUCGCCCCGUUCUUCUACGUUUGGACGCCCGUUUGAUUCCAAAAAUUAGUAUGAACCUAAUAACCUCCUAAAGGAGUGUAAAAACAUUAGAAAUGGUAUCUUACAUGGUGUAUAAAUGUAGGAACACUAAAGAUCAAUGGUAGGUGUGCGAGGAUCCUCAUCGAUACCGGGGCACAACGCUCAUUUGUGAGUGAGGCGUUCGCCGAGGGCCUUGACGUGCCAUUGACACCUAUGAUGCAAACGUUGCUAGUCUCCACACCAUUAGGAGACGAUGUGGAGAGAAAUCAUUACUAUCCAUCGUGUGAGGUGGAAGUGACGGGUCAACCCUUGACUUGUGAUUUCGUACCUCUAAGCAUGUUGGAGUUCGAUGCAAUCCUAGGAAUGGAUUGGCUUGAGAAGCACCAUGCUCGAGUAGAUUGCUACACCAAGGUGUUGGAGCUCGAGGAUGAUCAAGGAAACACGCUAUGUUUCGAAGGAGAUCGGGGGAAAUCUAAUGCUUGUAUCAUAUCCGUGAUGAGAGCACGAAAGAUGAUGAGGAAGGGAUGCCACGCAUACCUUGCUUAUGUGGUAGAUGAUACGAAGAAAGAAGUCGACAUCAAGGAUGUUCGAGUCGUGUGCAAGUACCCGGACGUCUUUCCCAAGGACCUACCGGGGCUUCCACCCGAUAGAGAGAUUGAAUUUGUAAUCGAAGUGGAGCCGGGAACCAAACCCAUUUCGAUUCCUCCUUAUCGAAUGGCGCCGGCCGAACUCCAAGAGUUGAAGGUCCAACUACAAGAAUUACUGGACAACGGGUUCAUCAGACCCAGUCAUUCACCGUGGGGAGCACCCGUACUCUUCGUAAAGAAGAAAGAUGGUACACUAAGAAUGUGUAUCGACUACCGACAGUUGAACAAGGUCACCAUCAAGAACAGGUAUCCUUUACCUAGGAUUGAUGACUUGUUUGAUCAACUUCGAGGGGCCAUAGUAUUCUCAAAGAUUGACUUGAGAUCGGGGUAUCAUCAGUUGAAGAUCAAGGAGAGUGACAUACCUAAGAGUGCAUUUCGCACUAGAUAUGGUCACUACGAGUUUCUUGUGAUGUCAUUUGGGUUAACCAAUGCACCGGCAACAUUCAUGGACUUGAUGAACCGUGUGUUUAGUGAAUACUUAGAUCAAUUUGUGAUAGUAUUCAUUGAUGACAUCUUGAUAUACUCCAAGAGCGAGGAAGAGCACGAACACCAUUUGAGGCUUGUACUUGAUCGGCUAAGGGAAAAGCAACUCUUCGCCAAGUUCUCCAAAUGCGAAUUUUGGCUCAAAGAGAUUGGUUUCCUCGGUCAUGUCAUAUCCGGUUCGGGUGUUGCUGUGGAUAACGCCAAGAUAAAAGCGAUCAUGGAUUGGGAGAGACCCAGGAAUGCGAAGGAGAUACGUAGUUUCCUUGGCCUAGCGGGAUACUAUCGUAAAUUUGUUGAGAAAUUCUCCGUAUUGGCGUCUCCAUUAACGAAGCUCACAAAGAAAGGGGCCAAGUUCAUAUGGGACGAUAAGUGCGAGAAGGGGUUCCUUGAAUUGAAGAAACGACUUACCGAAGCACCAGUCCUGGCCCUACCCAUACAGGGUAUAGGGUACGACAUUUACAGCGAUGCUAGCAUCCAAGGGCUUGGAUGUGUACUAAUGCAAAACGGUAAGGUGAUUGCCUAUGCUUCUAGGCAAUUGAGGAAACACGAGGUGAACUACCCUACUCACGAUCUAGAGUUGGGGGCGGUGGUGUUUGCAUUGAAGAUUUGGAGACAUUAUCUCUACGGGGAGACGUGUCACAUUUAUACUGAUCAUAAGAGCUUGAAGUAUGUAUUCACUCAGAAAGAGUUGAAUAUGAGGCAGAGGAGAUGGAUGGAGUUGAUCAAGGACUAUGACUUGAUCAUCGACUAUCAUCCCGGAAAGGCCAAUGUAGUGGCCGACGCACUGAGCAGAAAGAGUACGUCAGGGACGCUACUCACAUGUCUACAAGCAUUGAGGGCACACGUGGAGGUAUCCACGAGCGGGGCGCUCAUUGCUAGAUUCGAGGUGAGGCCUACAUUGCUGAGUGAGAUCAGUAGAUGUCAGGCCAUUGAUGAGGAAUGUCAGAAGAUCCGCGAACGGAUCCUUGAGGGGCCCGUCGAGAAUUUUCGGGUACGUGAUGACGGUCUUUUAUUAUUUAAGGAUCGUGUGUGCAUACCAAAGAAUGAGGAGCUCCAGAGGGCUAUACUUGAGGAGGCUCAUUCUUCAGCAUAUGCCAUGCAUCCAGGGGGUACUAAGAUGUACCGAGAUCUGAAGGAAAGUUACUGGUGGUCAGGCAUGAAGAAGGAUAUCGCAGAGUUUGUGAGUCGAUGCCUUACUUGCCAGCAAAUUAAGGCAGAGCAUCAGCACCCAGCAGGGCUCUUACAACCACUCACCAUCCCAGAGUGGAAGUGGGAACAUGUGACCAUGGACUUCGUGGUGGGGCUGCCACGAACAGUGAACAACUACGAUGCAGUAUGGGUAGUGGUUGAUAGGCUCACCAAGAGUGCACACUUUCUGCCUAUCAACAUUACUUAUCCUCUUGAAAGAUUGGCCAAGCUAUACACGGAGGAGAUUGUGAGAUUACAUGGAGUCCCAAUAUCCAUUGUCUCGGAUAGGGAUCCACGAUUCACAUCCCGAUUUUGGCCAAAGUUUCAAGCAUCUUUGGGGACUAAACUGAAGUUUAGCACAGCUUUUCACCCACAGACGGAUGGACAGUCCGAGCGGGUGAUACAGAUUUUGGAAGACAUGCUUAGGGCAUGUGCUUUGGAGUUCCAAGGAAGUUGGGACAAGCAUUUGGCCCUAGUGGAGUUUGCUUAUAACAACAGUUAUCAAGCAAGUAUCGGCAUGCCUCCAUAUGAGGCAUUGUAUGGGAGGAAAUGCAGAACACCAUUGUGUUGGGACGAGGUUGGCAAGGCCAAACUCGAAGGGAUAGAGCUAGUUGAGAUCACCAAGGCCAAGGUGAGGAUCAUUCGGGAUAGAUUGAAGGCCGCUCAGGACCGACAGAAGAGUUAUGCUGAUAAACGGCGGAGACCGUUGGAGUUCAAAGUCGGUGAUGAGGUCUUCCUAAGGAUUUCUCCUUGGAAGGGCAUCAUCCGAUUCGUAUCGAGGGGGAAGCUUAACCACCGAUACAUAGGUCCGUUUGAGAUCCUUGAAAGGAUCAGGGCCGUGGCUUACCGACUCAAGUUGACGCCUGAACUUGAGAAGAUACAUGACGUGUUUCAUGUAUCAAUGCUCAAGAAGUACAUACGAGACCCAUCUCAUAUUCUUGAGAAACCACCGGUAGAGAUCCGUGAGGACUUGCAAUAUGCGGUGGAACCAGUGAAGAUUGUUGGUCAACAAGUGAAGAAGCUUAGGAAUAAGGAGAUUCCUAUGGUAAAGGUUCUUUGGAGGAGUGAUCGAGUUGAAGAAGAAACUUGGGAGACCGAGGUCUCAAUGAAGGAGCAAUACCCAUUUCUUUUCGAUUAGAUACUUGGAUUUCGGGGACGAAAUCCCAAAUAAGGGGGGGUGAACUUGUAACACCGUCCCCAAGUAUAUUUACUUUUAUGUAAAUAAUGUAUUGAACCUUAUCAAAGGAUUAAUGAAUUUACGAAGUUGUAAAUUUUUAUUAUUUCUUUCGCGUGAAUAGUAAAUUGCACGUGGGACCCACACCGGGAGCGGGGGCCGCCCGAUAUUCCCGAGAUCACAUAAAUUAUUCUUAUGGGUCGAAAUAAUAUUUAUAUGGUGGUGGACAUCUUGUUUGGGCCAUGGGAAGGCCUGGGGUUGACCGAUCGGUCAAAAGAAGCCCAAUUACCUGUACCGACAAUUUAACGGAUAACAGCCCGAACUGAAUUUCGGGGACUUCUAAAUUAAUGUUUUGGAAUAUAUAUUAUUUCAAAAGGCCAUUACGGUUGGGAACACGUAAUAUAUUUUAUUGGACCCGAUAAAAUAAAAUAUAUUUAAAACAGUCCGAAAAAUACAACUUUCGGGACCGAUUGUACACAUCGGGACACAAAGGGAUGACCUCCCACAUGAGUGGGGGCCACCCCACGUUUUUUUGUGCUCAAUUAGACAAAGGGGAGCUGGAUAUGACAAAGGAAGGUGUGGAGGAGGAGGCUUUGGCAUCAAAGUACAAGGAUGACCCCUCACCCAUCACACAUUUUGUCAUUUGAGACAAAAUAAACCACUCCCUCUCACCUCAACCAUCCAACUCGUCCAGCCCCAUCUUUUUGAGAAGAAGAACUCUCAAAAUACUCUUCCUCCAUAGCUGAACUCGAGCUCAAGGAAGGAGGUCCAAAGAGGAGGGCUUGUAGAAGGAAAAAAGCUAGGAAAAAGUGUGAAAAUUGAGGAACUUGUGAAAGGUAUUUCAAGUGAUUUCACAAAGUUGGAAAAGUCGCCGGAGUUGUCGCCGGAGUUGACCAAAAGUCGCCGGAGUUUCACCGGAGUUCAACCAAGAAGGGUAGAACUUCAUAACGCUAGUUCAAGGUUGAAGCUAGGGCUUGCUACCUGCACCUUUCUACGGGUGACAUCAAGUCAAGGAAGGCGUGGUUCGUGCUUCCUCAUUUCCUUUCAAAUGACUAAACAUUGCUCAUGGAUAUUUUUAUUUGUUAUAAACUACUUUUGGGGCUUGCAUGCCCAUGUACGUUGUUGGCCGGUUGUGGCUUAUGACUUACCGUUGAAUAUUUCCGCUAUUCAUUGGUUUAAGUGUGAUGUUGUUAUGUAUGUUUA